UUGAUUCUUGAGUUUUUCCAGGCUCUUGAAUCCUCGAUUUCAGACGGAAGGGUUACGAGGAGAAAUUCAAAUUCUCUAAUCUUACUCACUCAGUGACUGAUGAACUACCAGGAGAAUUGAAAUCGCCGCAAAGCACUGAAUAACCCGUGUUGCUCGCAUUGUGUCGGAGCUUUUGCUUUCAUUUCGUUUUCCGCCCGUUCUUGCGGGACGAUGGUUAGUGUGAUGGGGAAAGCCCUGAAUAAGCUGAAAAGGAAAAUUAGGUCAAAGGGUGAGAAAUUAUGUGAGAAAUCUGACAAUGUGAUACGCGAAGGUCUCGACGACAUUCCUUUCGAAGCUGAUGGGUUCAGAGUUGUUCCGUGGAAAUUCAAUGAGGAUGCGGAACAUUUUUGCCUUUUGGGUAUCAAAGAGCACAAAGUUCGUAAGUCUUGUUUAGAAAAGCCUUUGGGAAGGACGCUGUUGGUGACAGAAGUUCCUCCGUCAUUCACAAUUGAUGUCAUUAAGCAUAUCUUCUCGAAUUUCGGCGAUAUUCUGGAAGUCAUUUUUCAGGCGAAACCCACUGUGCACGCUGCGACGAUGAGUAUUUCAACGAACUAUCCAUCAUUUGACGACCAGUCUCUGAGAGGAUACAAAGUUGCGUACGUGGUCUUCUCCGAAGCAGAAGCAGUAAGUAAAGCUCUGAGUCACGUGUUCAACACGCCUUUUUUGGUGUCAAGCGUCGACAAUUUUGCCAAUGGACUUCAAAGCUUUGUGAUGAAGUACAACGCCGAAUUAGUUGACGAAGAAUCGCUGCUUUUGGAAGCAAAACAAUUUUUAAAAGGGUACGACGAAGAAGAGAAUUUAAGAAAAGAACAAGAAAAAUCGAUGGGUGAACCCGACGAAGACGGAUGGGUUACAGUUGGUAGUCGUGGCUCCAAACGAGGAGGAUUUAGUAGAUCAGAAGCUUUGACUAUGAAAAUUGGAGAAGCUGAGAAAAAGAAGCGCGCCAAGAAGGAACUAGUGAAUUUCUACACAUUUCAGAUCCGUGAAAGCAAAAUGAAAAACAUCGAAGAAAUUCAGAAGCGGUUUGAGCAAGACAAACGACGGAUCGAGAUGAUGAAGCAGUCUCGUCGUUUCAGGCCAUAUUGA